CUUGCGUGUGGGCAAUUCAAAGGAACUGGGCGAAACAUCGAUGCUCACUCUAGGAAAGGUACAUGUAGACAUGAAUGUUUCAUUGUUUAAAUUAUAUUCUGACUCAAUUGACGGCCCUUGCCACCACAGGAUUGGCGGAUUGCCGUCACGCUACGUUCCUGACGCAGCGUUAUUCCGUAUGGUCUUCAUUGCCAUGGUAUAGCAGCUGGUUUUUGGUUUGGUUUUCCUUGACUCCUUUUCAACGCCUUCGCAUAACUGUUGACCAUCGACACCAACUCGUACACCCAAAUUAAGAGUUCGGUAAAGGCGACUACUGGGUCUUGUAGUCGCCGAGAAUCCUAUCAUCAU